AUGGGCGUGAUAAAGCCUGAAAGACGUGUGAAUGAUAAAUGGCUAUGGCAGAGCGAUGAAUCAGGUCUAAAAGAUGACAUUUUCGAUCAGGAAAACGGUACUACUCUAGUAUUCGGAGUGUUUUACUUUGAUGAACUAGUCCAAGAUAGCGAGCAACUAAUACUUAAAUCACAGUUACAAGAGCUAAUAUCAAUGCUAGAACCAUGGAAUAAGAGCUAUCCUUGGAAUUCUUUUAACGGAGUCACGUUGGAGAUUCGAGAAUACCUUUCUGGGGAAUAUUAUAUUUUUGGUUCACUCCAUAUGGGCGAUAAUGCAAGAGACGAAGAGGCAUUAGUUCUUUCGAUUCUUCUAAAUUUCUCAAGAAGAGUGGGUCCAUGUACGUAUAUUAAGGUAUGCGAUACUGAUGGUGAGUUUAUACUAAUGGAGGCGAAUGACGUUAUCCCGGAAGAACUAGAAUAUCCAAUUAGUAACAAUAGGAUAUGGAUAACAAUGGGAAGGCUUAAAUACAUUCCAACAACAUUCUACUUUGAUCGUGGCUUGAGUAAAAUCGAAUCGAUCUCAUACCUUAAGAAAGAGAAUUCCAAACUGUUACCUUUACCAAACAUCGAAACUAAAAUACGAGAAUCCUUUUUGAACGUAUUUCCUAAUUCUGCCCUUGAUAAACUAAACACAACGACAAUUACGGUGUCUGAUCCAGAAGUAGCUGCCAUACUUAAAAAUGAUCCCAAAAUUGUCAGUUUAGCUGUAUCACAUUUUAUGUCGUCCACCUAUGACAUACCUAUAUCCCACUCAAAGGAGGUUUUGAAGGAUAAAAUUAACUUGACAAUACCAUCAGCUCACGCUGCUCUAGUCAAAAAAUAUAGCAAAAUGACAGGGAAAGGAGAGAAUUAUGAGAAAACUUUAAGUGAAAUACUCGAAACGUCUAUCCUUCAUAUGUUAGCAAACGGAAUAUUGGAGAAAACUACUACUGGCAAGAAAAGCCAAGAGGAUCUACAAACUGUCUUAAGGGACAACUACAUUAUAUCACAAAAAUAUGAAUUAAAACCUAUUGAUUGGGAACUCUUGGAUACAAAUGAAAAAUCUGAUAUAAAAGUUACCUCCCUGGAUACGUUGAAAACUAGUCUUAUGUCAUUUCUUAAUGAAGAAUCUGACUUCACUGGAAUUCUCAACGACGAACGGGAAGUAAAACACAAUAAUGAGGGCAAUCCAAACGCAGAGUCAGAAUCCGAUUUGGGUUUGGGUUCUGAUCCUGAAAUUGAUGAAGAUGACUUCUUCGAAUUUUUUUUGAAGGAAGGCCUUAAUCUCUCAGAUAAUUACAUAGAAAACCUUAGAACCCAAAAUGAAAAUCAUCCAAAGUCAACCAAAGAAGAUCGUGACACAGAUAUCCAAAGAGACUUACAAAGCUCAUCGAAUGAAAUAUCCGAAUAUGAGGACUCUAUCGAGGAUUUAAUAAAGUCUCUAUCUGUCGAUGGUGCACCACUAGGGCCGCUAAAAACAAUCUUGGAAAAUUACAAUAGACGUUAA